CAUCCCCCCAGAUCUCCCUCCGUCCUCUCCCGCGGACCCUGCACGCCCCCACCGGAGCCGGCGAGUGGUGCGCCCCUUCUGGAGUGAGGCCGGGGGGGGGGGAGCGGGACUCCGGUACCUCUCGCAUCCUUCCCAGUCUCCGCUGUGCGCCGAGCGUCAGGGAGGAGAGACGACAGCAUCCUACUCGCCGCUGCUUCAGGGACAAGGGCUGCAGCGACCUGGGGCUUCGAGACCGAUAAGCGUCGGCAGGAAAAGUUGCCUUUGACGUGCAAGCAAAAAGUAAAGGGUCCUUCCACACAGAAAAAAGAGAGUCGAAUACGCAAGGUUUUCGGCUCUGGAGCUUCCCUCAGGAGUUCAAGAAUCUCAGCUUGGCAAAGGUGCUGUCCGCCGUUCCUGGUGCUGACUGGGGAGAGGGAGCUGUCCGUGGUGCUGAACCCACUAGCGCACAUCGGCUCUUGCUAGAAGAGGAGACUUCCAGGAAGAUCCCUUCUGACUAUCUGCAUGCCUUUUGGGCUUCCCUGAAAAAGGUCAAGAAUUUCCAGGUGCGUUUUGUUGCCCCACUAUUUUUGCCAGCAUGGAUGAUGGGUAUAGAGACCGAACAGCCUUCAUCCGAGGUGCCAAGGACAUCGCCAAGGAGGUGAAACGGCAGGCGGCCAAGAAGGUGGGCCGGAGCGUGGACAAGGUGGCGGACGAGUACACGAAGCGCUCCUACUCCCGCUUUGAGGAAGACGAUGACGACGACUACCCCCAGCCCCAGGACGGCUACUACCGCAGCGACAGCCGGCACAACGAGGACGAGGGGGCGAACAGCGACUCCACCGAGGGCCACGACGAGGACGACGAGAUCUACGAGGGCGAGUACCAGGGCAUCCCGCGGGCAGAGUCGGGGAAGGCGGACGGCCUGGGGGGGCCUCAGGCCGAGGGCUUGGCGGCGACGGGUGCCCAGUUCCGGGAUUUCGGGGAGCUGGCUGGCGAGAGGCGCAAGGACCGGGAGGAGCUGGCGCAGCAGUAUGAGACCAUCCUGCAGGAGUGUGGGCACGGCCGCUUCCAGUGGACGCUCUACUUCGUGCUGGGACUGGCGCUGAUGGCGGACGGAGUGGAGAUCUUUGUGGUGGGCUUUGUGCUGCCCAGCGCCGAGAAGGACAUGUGUCUCUCCGAGCCCAACAAGGGAAUGCUAGGGCUGAUCGUCUAUCUGGGAAUGAUGGUGGGAGCCUUCCUGUGGGGCGGCCUGGCGGACAGGAUCGGGCGCCGGCAGUGUCUGCUCAUCUCCCUCUCCAUCAACAGUGUCUUCGCCUUCUUCUCCUCCUUCGUCCAGGGCUACAGCACCUUCCUGCUCUGCCGCCUGCUCUCCGGGGUCGGGAUCGGAGGCUCUAUUCCCAUCGUGUUCUCCUACUACUCGGAGUUCCUGGCCCAGGAGAAGAGAGGGGAGCACCUCAGCUGGCUGUGCAUGUUCUGGAUGAUCGGGGGCAUCUACGCGUCUGCCAUGGCCUGGGCCAUCAUCCCCCACUAUGGCUGGAGUUUCCAGAUGGGCUCAGCUUACCAGUUCCACAGCUGGCGGGUCUUCGUGCUGGUCUGUGCCUUCCCCUCUGUCUUCGCCAUCGCCGCCCUCACUACCAUGCCAGAGAGCCCCAGAUUCUUUUUGGAGAACGGGAAACACGAUGAGGCCUGGAUGGUCCUGAAACAAGUCCACGACACCAACAUGCGAGCCAAGGGCUAUCCCGAGAGAGUCUUCUCCGUGACCAACAUCAAGACGGUGAAGCAGCUGGACGAGCUGGUGGAGAUCGGGGCAGAUACCGGCGCCUGGCACCGGCGCUGGAGAAUGCGCCUUACCAGUCUCUUCCACCAGGUCUGGGGGAAUUUCCUGGCUUGCUUCUCACCAGAGUACCGCCGCACCACUCUGAUGAUGAUGGCUGUGUGGUUCACUAUGUCCUUUAGCUACUACGGUCUGACAGUUUGGUUUCCAGACAUGAUCAAGUACAUGCAGAAGCAGGACUACGCCAUGCGCACCAAGCUCUUCAGCAGGGAGAAGGUGGAGCACUUCACCUUCAACUUCACUCUGGAGAACCAGAUCCACCGCAAUGGAGAGUUCUUUAACAACAAGUUCAUCAACAUGAAGAUGAAGUCCAUGGUGUUUGAGGACUCUCUGUUUGAAGAGUGCUACUUUGAGGACAUCACCUCCAGCAACACUUUCUUCAGAAACUGCACCUUCAUCAACACACUCUUCUACAACACUGAUCUCUUCAAGUACAGGUUUGUGAACAGCCGGCUCCUGAACAGCACCUUUCUGCACAACAAGGAGGGCUGCAUGCUGGACUUCAGCGAUGACAACAACGCCUACAUGAUCUACUUCGUCAGCUUCCUGGGCACGCUGGCAGUGCUGCCUGGCAACAUCGUCUCUGCCCUGCUCAUGGACAAGAUCGGCCGCUUGCGCAUGCUGGCGGGCUCCAGUGUCAUGUCCUGCAUCAGCUGUUUCUUCCUGUGGUUCGGCAGUAACGAGUCAGCCAUGAUCGCUCUCCUCUGCCUCUUCGGGGGGAUCAGUAUUGCAUCCUGGAAUGCCCUAGACGUGCUGACUGUCGAGCUGUACCCCUCAGAUAAAAGAACCACGGCAUUUGGGUUCCUUAAUGCGCUGUGCAAACUCGCGGCCGUCUUGGGCAUCAGCAUCUUCACGUCCUUCGUGGGCAUUACCAAGGCCGUGCCCAUCAUGUUCGCCUCGGGCGCCCUGGCCGCCGGCAGCUUCCUGGCGCUCAAGCUCCCCGAGACGCGAGGGCAGGUGCUGCAGUAGCCCGGCGCCGCCACCAGAGGGCGGUGUGGAGCCAGAGAGGCGACACUGUGACUAGAGUUACCCACCAGGGCGCCAUAACCUCGGGACACCUGGAUGCAGCCGCUAAAGCUACAUUUCCCUUUUGUUUUAACCUUUGUGUGCUCUUUGAGUUUAAGGGUGUUUCAAAAAGCAGCUUAAUAUGUUGACGUCAAUUGCAUAGCUAACUGAAUUAGGAUCAAUAUUUUACUACAUGAGCUAUUUAGGUAUUGUCUGCAAACAGGUCUGGGCCAGUUUAAAUCGUACUAAAUAAUACCAUUUCUACACCACACGAGCAAUUUAUUGGGUUUCGAAUACAGUACUUGUUACUAGGAGGGUAAUCAGCGAGAUUGGGCCACCUCCUUUGGAAACAUGCUUGUCUAUAUUAAGACAAGACAGAUCAGUAGCACAUUCGUCACAGAGUUUUAGUCUUCCUGUGCAAAACCUCUACAUUAGAGAAGCCUCUUGGUUAGUUUAAUUGCCCCCUCUCUGUAGCUUGAAAGCACCCUUAGGUCUUAGAACAAACACCUCCUGCACUGCCAUGUUUUCGACAGCAGAGGGCGAUGUUGCUGGGGAGCUAGUUUACAGACCAGUGUGAACACCAUCUCAUGACGUGUCCUGAGGCAUUAUGGGGCCAAGGUGGGAAGCCUGGUAGUGACCCAUAUGCGUACAGCUCUUUCCCUCCUCCCUGAGCCGGCCCAGCCAGCUGCUGUGGGAGCCACUUGAGAAGUCCAGUCAUCUCUUAGACUCGUGCUGCCCAGUUCUGGGUCAAGACAGAUCAGUCUUGACCCCGUCUGCCGAAAUGGACACGAUUGAUGUUAGCCCUCAGCCGAAAUUAACUGCAAGCCUCCCCCCCGACAGAAACGUUCAAUAUUAACCGACAUUGUGGCGCCACGAUGUUAAGAGGACUUUCACCACAGCCUGUUCCUUUUCCCACAUGGUUCAGAUUGAGAAGGAAAAAAGCAGAAGAGUUGAAGUUUGGUUUGUUUCGAAGGCCAGAAAAAAAAUGCCUUAAAACUCUCCAAAAUCAAUGGCUAACUGUAUUUGAAAGAGUAUUGUACUGUACCCGGAGAACAGUCCAUGCUUUAAAUAGACAGAAAUCUAUCUCAUCUCUGUAAAUGAAAAUCAAAACAUUCUUACCAGUUUAGCACAGAACAUAGCAGCAGGACUGGUGUAAACAUUUUUAAUGAAAAGUCGAUCCCGAGUCACUGGUCUCCCUCCCUUGGGCUUUCACUUUAAGACGGGGAGACAGUGGCUCUCAGAAUGAUGAGAGGAGACUUGGUCCUCCUUCCGCUGAGCUUCGAGGAGUCUUUCUGAAUCCUGUUUACACUGCUGAGAACACCACCUCUCCAGCUCUCUCCAGACUCGGCCUGUCCUGGGCUGAGUGUGGCUGCAAUGCCAACGAGAGCUCAGCAUCUUGUACCGCCAGCCUGGUGACUGGACCAAUCGAUUCAAUUUUAAUUCAGUUCAAUUCAAGCUUUCCUGUCCCCUAGGGGGAAUUUGUUUUACGGCACAGUCAAACACAACACAAUGACAAACACACAUCAUAUUUGUCAUUUGUCAUAUUUGUUGGCGACACUGAGGAAGACCAACAGUGGGUUUACUGUGCUCAGUAAGCACAGCUCAGUCCUCCCGCACAGUAUACAGUACCAUCACUUUGGUCUUCUCCCUUGUGGUCUGACUGCAUGUUCACUGUUCUGGGCUACAACUACAGACAUUCCGGACUCCAUGAUCGGCCAUAUUAGGAUCUAUUCACAAGGAUCGUAAAUAUUGUUCCAAGGACAACUUGGCAUUAUCAUGAUCGAGUGCAGCCAAUUAAACGAUUGCUGAUCAAACCAGGUAAAACACGCAUUAGAAAGCCAUGGUACGAGGACUAAAUGACCUUUUCGUCAUUCUGAGCUAUGUCCUGUCUUUUGAGUUAAAGGGCGCCAGGUCACAGGAAAAGAACACAUUCCCUCCGAAGAGAAAAUGCUAGAACACCACCAGGGAGUCAGGCAAGGUCUGGGCUGCUAUAAACCCGGCAGGAUCCAUCGAGGUGCAAGCUGAGCCCAGUCACUGAUAAAUUAAAUAGGAUUCGUUUAGCUCUAGUAUGUUUGGAACUUGUUGGAAAGAGCAGUGUUUGGAGCCCAUUUCCUGCUGUUCGGAGAGGGCGUUCUGGCUCAGCGUUUGUCGCGUGCCGGUAGCUAGUUCUGUCCCUGUUGGGGUUUGGGGUGGCCUACUGAUCAGGCACGUCCUGUACAGGCGAGUGCUGGGCCAGGGCCUCACUCCCAUGUCAAACCUGUCUCCAUGGAUACAUUGUGGAGGCCUAGGUUUCAAGGUCCCCCUCUGCAAUCUGUGGAUUAAUUUUAUGGCCUCAAGGUUCGAGACUGGGGCUUUCCGUCUCUGAGGAAACUAGCAUACAAUCAAACCAGGCAGCAUUAAACCAGAGCGCUCCAAGUGUAUCUGAUGAAAUGUGUCUUUGAAGGCCCUAAUUCCAGUUCCCCUAGCACUGAAAGAAGAGUCCCCCAGUGCAGGUUUCUGUGCAGCCUUUACCCGGUGGCUCCCCCUGCUGUCUGAUGCCAGUCGUGGCUGCGGUCCGGCGUUGCUCUGUCUCGUGCGGGACGUCUUUCAACCCUUGUUAAAGAUGUUACGGAAGAGUCACGUUGUACAGCACAUGAUUCACGCAGUUCACCCACCGGCUGUGCAAAAUUAGAAAGUCGUCCCUGCCUCGGGUCGUUCAGGAGCUCCUCCGACGUCGUGCAGUUCAUCUUCAUCACAUAACAGAGCCCAGCGCAGAACCCAGACAGCAGUAUGUCUCUGUCCCGUGUAUUGCUGUGCGUGGCACUACCGCAACUCGCUGAGUCUAAUCGGUCUCUCGGGACCUGUCCUGCCCCUCCCGGCUUGCCCCUGUCUCCUCUUAGCAGGUCUGCGUCGCCAUGAUUUUUCUAAAGCCACAUUCCGUCUUUUACUGACACUCAAUCAGCAAUCUCGUCGCGGAGACGCCGAAAAACAGAAACAAAGAAAUAAAAUCCAAAGGGAGACAUUAAAGCACAAGGCCGUUCUGACAACUCGGGAGCAAGACUAUCUUUUUCUUAGCAGAUAAUGUAAAAUAUAUAUAUAAAUACAAAGCUUAUUAAGGACAUAAGUUUGAUUUAGGUGUGAUACAAAAGUCCGUGUAUAAACUUGUAUUAGCUGUUAAAAAAGGGAAAUAUUGAACAAAACCGAACGUCCACUUUUGGCUCACAGUAGCAAGACAGUAGUCUUAAAUAGUUUUCCAUAAAAUGUAUAUAUACAUUGCGUUUUUUUAUUUUGUUUGAAGGUGGGUGAAAUGUACAAGUGUAAAAAGCCUGUUUUAUUGACACGCAGUGUUUCCUUUUACCUGCUUUCUCGUCACUGUUCAUGUGGUUUGCCAAGAAAACAGAGAGCCUGAACUAUGUGCAUAUGUGUGUGUGUGUGGAGAACUAGAUUCUAUACUGCAUUUCUGUGUUCACUUUCCUCUGAAAGGGGCGUGCAGGGCCCGAACCUAGCUGUGUCUCUCUUUGUAGAGUAAUCUCAGUCUCGCACCAUCAGAUAAAUCACAGGUGAGCUGAGUGCAGCACUAUCACUGCCUUAGCUUCCCAAAAGGUCAAAUAACAUAGAUUAUGUGGGGAUUGUGUAAUGUCAUGUGAGACAGCUGGGCCACAAUUUAGUUUUGAUGUUGAGGUAAAAGGGCAAGCAAACUACUGCUUUCUCACGCUGGACUUAAUGCACGUUCAUAUAAGAGGGUCAUAGUAAUUAAAUAAUUACUGUAAGUCGAUCAAGAGAUACACAUCUUUGAAUCUCUUUUACAACCCAUUUUGUAACUGGUAUCAGUCAGCUGGAAAGGAUUCUCUUGGGCACACAUUGGGACCAGCGGGGCCGAUACUGGCUCAGGGUGCCCUUAACCAAACCGGCCAGUGAAAUUCAGACAUUGCUGGACCCUGAGUCGAAGGGUCUCUACACGAGCGUCCGUUCUGAAAGCCAUCGAAGUCUUUAUCUGCGCAGGCUCUGUCGCAGAUCUGAACUGUCGCAGCGUCAGUGAAAGCAGCCGGCCAUAGAAGCCUUAUUUCUUUUUGUUUUCAUUCUGAGCUUCGAAUCUGUAAAUAGAAAACAGUGGUGACUUUUGGUUAACUUUGGGCGUUUUUAGUUCCCUCAGUGCGCGGGAGUUGCUUUUGUGGCUGGUGCACAUUCAUACAAGCACACAGGCAGAAGAGCACAGAUGACAUUAUGCCACUCUCUCUACUAGAGAGGUACAAAAUCUACCACUUUCUUGGGCUCUUUUUACUUCUGCAUAUUGCUACUGCCUUUUCUGGCUGAGGGCACUUGUUCUCCAGUAGUCUUGAAAGAUGCCAGGGUAUUAGUUUCAACAGGGAGGCUAGCUAGCUUGUUCCAUACUACCACAAACUAUAGCGUAAAGUACCGCAUGUUAAACAUAAUAGACAAACACCACAAUAAAAGUGUCGUUCAGGCUCUGCCUGGCCACUCAUUUCCAGUGUAUUGUGAGAGUCUAAAUCAUUUUCCCUCAACCCUCGGUGGCUGCAGUCUUGUGCUGCAACAGUGAGACAGCAAAGGAAAAGCCAGCUUGUGGCACCCAUUGGCGCACUGUGGGGUGAAGCCUAUAUCGAGAAUGAGAAUUCCUGGCCUGAAUCUACAGUAGCUCCUUUCACACAGAAUCUGCAAGGCCAAUAACCCCCUCCUCUCAAUAUUCUUCAUUCCAGCUGUAAGGAUUCGCUGUAGGAAUGAGAAAGGCUGUCCUGAGGAAUCCACAGAACAAGUAUGAAAUUAAUGUGACAAAAUCACAUCAACUCUAUUAUAUGAUCACUAUUCUUAAGGAUAGAAGCCAUGAAACUUUAUUAAGCUAGAAAAGUACAACUCAACAGGAAGCACAGGUGUUAGAAACUGCCUUAGGGAGAAUUCAAUACUGCCAUUACUUUAAUGCAUAGUUCCUGGGGAGAGAACAUUGAACAUUUAAACAUCAUAGUACUCAGAUUAAGGUGUCGGUGUCUUGGCUUUAGCCAAGAAAGUGGUGAUAUCGGUCACAAGUCUCAGAAUAAAUGGAAUGAAGAUGCUGCUUCAUUGGACGUGAGCAAAAAAUUCAGAAGUGACAGCUGUGCGAUGGGCACAUUCACCAGCAGUGAGCCCUGCUUCGAGGAACACUCGCUGCACUACAAUACAGUCGAACCUGUCUCUAUUUUUUUUUACCACGCCAGUGGAAAGAAACUGGCUAAGGCAAGGUUAGACACUUUUCACACCGCGACGUGAAGCUGACACUUAACCCAAUAAAGAUUGCAUGUGUCAGAUUAAACGGGGGGGAGGGGGUUCUUAGUUUAAUUUAUAGGAUGGUUUAGUUAUAAAUGAUUAAUACUGUGUAAUAAUGUUGAGAUCGAACAUAUAUGUGAGCUAGAUCUUUUUAGAUCACAAGUGUGCUGAGUUUUAUCUAAACAGCGCUUUGCAAUAGUUUUUUUUCUUAUAGGCGUUUUAUACUCGACUUUAUACUUUUAUUUUAAACGUACCUUCUCCUUUGUACUAUUGUAGAUUGGAUGAUUACACAGAAAAUAGAACUCCAUAACCACUCCAACACAUUAUGAUGCAACAAGAACUGCAGAUAAGUCUUGUGGCCUGUGGAACCAAGCCGUGUAGCAGGCUUGUGUGAUCUAGAAAUGGGCAUGGCUAUGAGUCACGUCCCAUGCUGACUGACGCUUUGGGGACAUUGCUCAAUGUCUCUUUGUCCAGUGUGGUGGAACCUUUAGGGCUCGAGGACUGAAAACAACGAUCCUUAUUCUGCUUUAGGAGAAAGGAUGGUCUCUCUCUCGAGUGUCUGGCAAAAACUCUCCGUUCUGUGUGGGAAACCUAGACCGUUUUGAAACUUGGCACUGAAAAACUGUGACAUUCAUCAGGCACUGUGUCCUGAAAGGGUGUGAAGUCCACAACAGUCAAGCACAAACGCAGCCAGAUGUACCUGCAGUGACAAACACCUACACCAGGCACACACAAAUCUCCACCACUGAGACUCCCAGGGGAAGGGACUGGAAUUACUGAUCACUGUCUCAUUUUUCCUUUAAAACCAUGACAGUUUAAAGAAGUGGACUGAUUCUUUUGCUAAAUUUGUGUAAAACUAUAUGCAGGUGAAUCAUACUGUACUUUUUUAUGGCAAAUACAUGCCUAAUUCAUGCUACAGUAAUGUAAUUUUGAAGGAAACAUUGUGUUUUGUCAGAAAAUGCCAAUACCUUUCGCUGCCUAUGGAGUAUUUUUAGACUGUUUUUAGGCACUUUCUGAAAGGGCUUAACUUCUCAACUGGUGGCAUCUCAACAACCCUGGACUAGAAGUUAUGUUUGAAAUCAUGAAAGGGUUUCAUGACAAUAACAGAAGGCAAAAUGCAAAGGAUAUAUAAUUUAUAAGGAUUUUUAAGAGCCAUCUUGAUUAUUCUUGAUGUGCAGCUGUGGCAAAGACAUCAGUUUUUGAGACAUGGAAUUUUUUAAAAGUUUAUCUUUAUUUUUUAAGAAACUGACUGCAGGUCUGGAAGGGACCCAAAAUCUGACCCUUCCAGUAACCUUCCAGGCAUCACCUGACAGAGCAGACGAUAGGCUAAACAGGCCAGAUCCUUCCUUGUAACCCACGUCAUUAGAAAUUCCAUGGAUACGACCAGGAAAUCUGGGAUUCCUAUUGGAUUUUAGUUCCUUAGGAUGAGGGAAGGCCAGGCCCAAUCUCCACUGCUGUCACCAUCGUGCCCUUAAUUUUCCAUCCCUGUGUUUCCUGACACACAAACACACAAGUGUGCACCAGCCACUUGGAAAACCCGCAGGAGAAACGUCAUGUCGGAUCAGGCUUGUCACAGACAGUGUGGUGACAAUCAGUGUGUGUGUGCGUGUUUGACAUCACUUGUUGUUAAUUGCCAAAUAUUUUUCUACUUUCCUGGGUUCUGUUCUCUCCUCCGGUAAAAUAAAAACUGAAAGAAAGAAAUAAGCAGAUAUAUUUAAAAAAGGAAAUUAAUGCAAUAGCUGUAGACAACAUUUGAUGUUCUUUUUUUGGUAACUUAGAAAGUGGCCUAGGGUACUCUUUUCAUGACAAGAUCUGGUGUAUGGGGCAUUUAUUUUUUUGUAUUUUGUUUUCUCCUUAAGCAAAAUGUUAAAGGAAGCUGGUGUUCCAGGUAGCUUAGGAAACACACAUCUCUACACCAGCCCUUGGUUUAUUUCAGAGGACCACAGUUUUAGUUCUGUUUGAUGCAUACAGCACAUUAUAGGGGAGUAGACUUUUAUGGCUUUAAAUAAAAGCUAUAAAACUUGUGUCUUAGAUCAUAAACCAGCAAAGGUGUUAAGGAACAGACCAUGCUGGCCUCUGUAUACAUUCUUGAAAACUGCGGAUUUGUUUUGGUAAAAAAAAGACAAUUCUCUUCCAGCAGGGAUCGAUGAAACUACCUAGAAGGCUAUUCAUUUCUUAAAUGUGUUUUUAUAUGAUAUGGAAAAUAGUUUUAGUAGCAUUCCCUGAUCUAUUUGGACAUCUUUGUAGGUGGUUGAGUAGCAUGACGUGCAAUUUAAGCAAUUAACCAAAAAAAAAAGGAUCCUUUAAUACACAGUGAACUACCAAGGCAUCACAACUGCAUGUGCACAUCUGCUGUGCUGGAAGAUAACGAGAAAUCAGGUCUUUAUUUGACAUGAGAGUUCAUUUUUAUCGUGGAACUAAAGAGGGUUAUACAUAUCAGAAGAAAAUUAGAAAGAUUGUAACCUGAAAAGGAGAGAAAGGCCAUUUUAUUUGCUUUGUAAUGAGUAGCAAAUUGACCCAAUCUUAUAGGACUGUACCAAUGGAUUUUAGAAGUACUAAAUGUUUUAUUUUGAUAUUCAUAGAUUAAUUUUUUUAAUAACGAAGGUGUAAAUAAACCUGCAAUUUUCAAACGUGCCGCAGAAUACUCUGAGCAUAAAUUAUGUCCAGUGAAGACACUGGUCUUUUGAAAUCAAUGCAGUUUUUUUUUAAAUUGUUCUAUAUUCUAAAAUAUUGCAUUUUUUUGUUAGGCAAGUGUAAACCAAGUAACGUCUAAGAUCCUUCACCCUUAUCAAUUAUUUUUCUUUUUUUCUGUAAAAAAGAUUUACGAACUGAGUGAAAUCAUGGAUCUCGUGUAAUCGAAGCAAUAAUCGACAGAUAAUUUUGUUGGCUCAGCACUGCCUUUUAGAAAACUUGAGUAAAGCACACAGAGAAACUUACCAGCCCCUGCAUCAGGUCUUUUACCUAAAGAGUCUCCCGGGUCUAUUUUAGCUUCUGUCGAAAAACCUUGCCAUUAUUUAAAUGUGACUAAAAAAAAAAUGAAACGUUAUCAUUGUACUGUGUCGUAGAUCUGUAGGUGUUUGUAUGUACAAGUAUAAAUAUGUGAAAAAAAAUGAGUAACAAAAAAUCCUUAAUGAAUGGACACUAUUGUAUGUUGUCUUUCUUUUGUGUGUUUUGUAAAUGACAAUUUAAAAAAGUGAAUAAAAUCAAUAACUACAACUAGAUAUGGAGAAGAUUUCAGUGUAACACCGUCAUGGUGCCGUCUUGAGGUUUGUGUGAGAUUGUUUUCUUUGAUGCUGGAAUCUGCCGUUGCACUUCCCAGUGCUACAAUGGGUUAAAAUGAAUAAACUUACUUAAAUAAGA